CGUUAGGAUUGGUACCUAGCGGAAUUAGUCAGCAUCCAAAAAAUUUCAAGAUGGCGACCACGUUGGAAGACAAAGCGAUUUGGGAAGAUGGCGAGGAAUUGGGAGAAGAAGUGCUUCGUAUGUCAACAGAUGAAAUCGUUAGUCGAACAAGACUACUUGACAAUGAAAUAAAGAUUAUGAAAAGUGAAAUUAUGAGAAUUAGCCAUGAACAACAAGCCAUGAAAGAAAAAAUAAAGGAAAAUUCAGAAAAGAUAAAAGUAAACAAAACUCUGCCAUACCUUGUGUCUAAUGUGAUAGAACUGCUAGAUGUGGAUCCACAAGACUAUGCAGAGGAAGAUGGUGCCAAUGUUGAUCUUGAUUCACAAAGAAAGGGAAAGUGUGCAGUCAUAAAAACCUCUACUAGACAGACAUAUUUCUUACCUGUCAUUGGAUUGGUGGAGCCAGAGAACUUGACGCCAGGUGAUCUUGUGGGUGUAAACAAGGAUUCAUACCUAAUAUUAGAGAAGCUCCCAGCUGAGUAUGAUUCAAGAGUCAAAGCUAUGGAGGUUGACGAAAGGCCAACAGAACAAUAUAGUGACAUUGGUGGAUUGGAUCAGCAGAUUCAGGAGUUAGUAGAGGCCAUUGUCUUGCCCAUGACACACAAACAGAGAUUUGAAAAUCUUGGAAUUGCACCUCCAAAAGGUGUCUUAUUAUAUGGACCUCCAGGGACAGGAAAGACUUUAUUAGCGAGAGCCUGUGCUGCUCAGACAAAGUCUACAUUUUUGAAGUUGGCAGGGCCACAGCUUGUACAGAUGUUCAUUGGUGAUGGCGCUAAACUUGUGCGAGAUGCUUUUGCUCUUGCAAAAGAAAAAGCACCAGCAAUCAUCUUUAUUGAUGAAUUGGAUGCCAUUGGAACCAAGAGAUUUGAUAGUGAGAAAGCAGGAGACAGAGAGGUCCAGAGAACUAUGUUGGAGCUGUUGAAUCAGCUUGAUGGUUUUAGUUCUCAUCAUGAUAUCAAGGUCAUAGCUGCUACCAACAGAGUUGAUAUCCUUGAUCCUGCCUUACUGAGAUCAGGUCGCUUGGAUAGAAAAAUCGAGUUUCCAAACCCAGAUCAAGAAGCAAGAGCAAGAAUCCUGCAGAUUCACUCCAGGAAAAUGAAUGUCAGUUCUGAUGUUAACUUUGAUGAGCUGUCUCGCUGUACUGAUGAUUUCAAUGGUGCCAUGUUAAAGGCAGUUUGUGUUGAAGCUGGCAUGAUUGCACUGAGACGUGAAGCCACUACAGUGUGCCAUGAAGACUACAUGGAUGGUAUCAUGGAAGUCAAUGCCAAGAAGAAAGCAAAUCUUGUCUACUAUGCUUAAUUUGUACAGUAAAAUAAAACAUCUGCUUGGAUUAACCAGACUGGAGAACUAGAGUGAUAUGAUUGCAAAUUCAAACUGAACARUACCCUGAGAUGCAAUUAUCACGAAAAUAGCCUUCAUUUUUCUGUUCUUUACCACAUUAAAAUGAGAAAGGAGUGUACGCAAUGUAAAUCAAUUUCACUUGAAACUUUAUUCCAUUAAAACUGUUGUUAAUUUAA